CAAUAUUUUUAUUUAAUUAGUUGUUUAUAUCAAAACCCAAACUUAUCGGUUUGACCCAAAUAUACUCUACUUUUUAUGAGGUAUGUGUAUGUCAUUGACCAUUGUAAUAUGGAUAUAAUAAACUAACCUAUAAAUUAGGCAUUUUUUAAUAUUGUUUCUUAUUAUUACCUUCAAUCAAAUUAUAAGAAUCCAACUAGUUAUUUUUUUUUUAAAUUAAAAAAUAAAUAGGUAAACAAGACGUAUUAAAAUAUAUUAUUUAUAAGAGUUUACAUUUUUACAGCAAGUAUAUAUAUAUUUUUAAUUAAUAAUGAAUUAUAAAAUAUUAUGUACGUGCAUUUGGUGGUUUAGUGUAACAAUUACUUGUUUUCCUUUAUUACAAAAUCGAGAAAUCCGAGAGAACGAUAAUGUAAAAAUUAAUCAAAAUCAAGAUGUGAUUAAAUUUAUGCAAACAUUUGGAUAUUUGGUGCAAGAUGGUCCGCAAGCAUUAACUGCCAAGGAUGAAUUGGUUACAGCUUUGAAAUUAGUGCAAAAAUUUGGUGGAUUAGAACAAACCGGAAUAAUUGAUGAUAAUACAUUAAAGUUAGUGAAGUCAAAACGUUGUGGUGUACCUGACAUAUCCCUAAAACAAAAGAAUACAAUAAAUAAAAGAUUUGUAAUACCUUCGAGUGGUUGGAACAAACGAGUUAUUACUUAUUUGUAAGUACCUAUAUCUAUUCUAAGACAAGGACAUAUUUGUGGGGGGCGAUGGAAACCGCGAUUGACGCUGUUGAGGUUAUAGGUACAUAUUAUUGUAAUUAUUAUUAUAUUAAAGUGAAUUUCUCAAUGUUUUAUAUAAUUAUAAUACAUCAAUAUGUUUAUAUUAUUUAUACAUAUAGGCUAUAAACAAAAUAUUAUACUGUGUGGCGUACCUAUAUCAUGAACUAUUUAUAUGUAAUCUUAUUAGAUUGAGUGGGCUUAUACUAUAGUUCAGGUA